UGUGGAUCAGUCCGAUUUACGAGCUCAUCCAUUACAGACGUUACUAUAGACGCCAUCUAACACCAUGUCUGACGACCAAGUUGAUUUAGUUGCUAGGGAUCCCAAUAGCCUUAACAGCCAUUUAGGGACUUUGCUGUUUAACGAUGUCCUGGGUGAGCCCGAUGGUACCCACAGUAUCGACUGCGUCUGGAAGCUGUCCUACACCUGUUUCGAAUUGUGGAAGGGACUCUGCUACAAGAUCCUCACCCUCUUCUGUGGUAUCUGUAUUGCAGCGGAAUGGGGCUGUGAGUUCGCCUACAUUGCUUUCUACCAUAUCUGGUUCAUCACCCCAUGCAUGAAGGUCUUCGAGAUCAACUGUGGACUCUGCCAGAAGAUCUACAGCCUCAUCAUCAACUGUUGCAUACAACCAUGUACGGAGGCAUGUGGCGGAUGCUUUAUACAUUUCAAGAAAUGAGCAGGAAGAGGAUGGUAGGUGUAAUGUAACAGUUCACCUGACAUUAAACAUCAGAUCAGAACUUGACAUGCGGUCUAUACCUCACUCUAACACAGCAAGAAUCAUAACGAAAAACUGGAAUACCUCCAUGUGCGUAAACAUUGUUUAUCUGUGAUAUUAUUUAUUCUCCGCAACAGAGGCGCAUAAUAAUGAUGGUUUUUCGAACAGACAUUUCCACAACUUUACAUAUGGAUAGAACUCAUUUGUUUACACGUAUCCAUGGUGAUAGUGUUUAUUUUGUAUCUAUGGCGUUUGUAAACACAGUUUUGACCUCAUCAAAGGAAAUAAAUUUGUAUAUAUUUAAAUAUAA